AUGAAUAUAUCAAAUUGUAUUAAUCUAAGACGGUUGGUUACAUUUCCAUUGUGUUUAAUUAUCAGCUGUUGUGUAUCAGUCAGCUUUUACUUGUUAUCCGUUACAUAUUGCAAAUUUCCUGUAACGCCGGCACAAACGAUCAGCUCUCUAGCCGCAUCUGUCAAUAUAAUUGAUCCUAAUCAGGACAUAAAGAGCAAUAUUACGUGCAUUGAAACUAAAAAACUGUUAGAUUUAUAUUCUACAACUGUUUGCGUACAUUCGAGUGCAGAUAUUGUCAGUCGUGAAAUUGUAGCUGAUCGUAUAUGGGAAGAAGAAUAUGUAACGCGCCUAUUACGCAUUCUUAUUCGUAAUCCUUUUCUGGACAUGAUCGAUAUCGGAGCCAAUAUUGGGAGUUUCACAAUGUUCACUACUGGGGCUCUAGGUCGUUUCACACUAGCGGUUGAUUGCUACUUGCCAAACAUUGAACGCAUCGUACGUGCCGUGCAAAUUCAAAAGGUGCAAAAUCGUGUUGUUCUCGUUCACAAUGCACUGUACUCAGAAUCGGGCAAGUACUUGACAUUGUCAGAUGGUCCUCCAUCUGGCAUAGAGCUAAAGAAACCAACGGAACAGAAUUUUACCAGUCAAAUCAUUGUGCAGACAAUUCGAUUCGACGAUCUGCUUCCCAUAUUGUUGGAAAAAAGAGUUCAAUCUGUUAUAAUUAAGAUAGACAUUGAAGGAUCAGAGAAUUAUAUGUGUGAGACUGGCUCUAAAAUGUUUGAACUUAUUGAUAUUCAACUCGUCAUGAUGGAAUGGGGACAUGGUUUCAGGAAAAGAUAUCAAAAACGAUAUCAAUCUAUGAUUGACUUUUUCACACAACGAAAUUAUGUGGUAACAGAUCCAGACUGUACCGAGCUUGAUCUGAAAAAUUGGGAAAUAUUAUGGCCAGGCAACAUAUAUUGGAUAAAGAAAAUAAACUUUAGGAAGAAUAUUUGUUAA